UCGCUUCUUUUCUGUCCAAAAAUGGAGCAGUCAGUGGCACAUCGAGGAGAAUUCUGAAUAUAUUUUCGGAAACUGCUUCCGUGUUUCGUCGCAGCUGAAAAUGAAGUCUCUUUGUAUUCAGACACAAGUGAUAGUAAAGGAAAGUAACGAAAUUCUUGUCAUACAUUUAGAUACUCAGAAUACGAGUGAAUUUUCUGGUGAUUUCGAUCGCUAAAUAUGGAUACAAUUAUGAGAAGUCCUGAACGGACGUCAGUUAAAACCGCGGUACAACGGUCUGAAGACAGUACGACGUUGAUCUUACCUUGGACAAGGCAAAUAUUGAACAUACUAUGGGAACAUUUACAAUUGCUGGUUCAUGUUGUUUAUUACAGCUUCAUGGCAGUUUUCCAGAUGUUCAGACUGGAAGUACACGUGAGAAUCACAGACGAGACUGGACAUCAUCACGUUCAGCACGUUAGCACAGCGGGAAAUCCAGCCGAAUCCUUUAUCCUCACCUCUUUGUUUGACAGCAACAAUAGUGUGUUUGUUCCGGGCUCAAAACCACUGUCGAACCGUGGUGUGAAUUCAUACGCUGGAAGCUCUCACGCCGGUGCUCUGUUAUCCAGUCUGCGGGCUGAGGACUUGUGCUUCAGCCUGGUAGACGAUUUUGUCAUUCGCACGAAGGAAGGUUUCUCCGACAGCGAGGAGGAUCUCUGUUUAGGGCAUCACCCCACCUGGAAAUCUAGCGGAGCUGGCGACUGGGAAGUGUUUCUUGCUGAUGAAAGCAACAACAAAGACGAGGUGUGUUGUGAUGCUGGUAAAGGUGUGGAAGUCAUUCAGCCUGUCACCGAGUGUAAGCCUGCUGAAAAGUGUGAGGAAUCUGUCUGGGAGGGUGAUGAUGAAGGAAAUGGAGAGGAAUUUAGCAGCGAGGAGAGUCAUGCCUUUUGGGAGUCUUUUACAAAUUCGUCUGAUGCUAGCGAAGGUGUGGAAGUGAUCAAGCCUGUCAUCGAGUGUAAGCCUGCUAAAGAAUGGGAGGAAUCUGUCUGGGAGGAUGAUGAUGAUGAUGAUGAAGGAGCUGGAGAGGAAUUUAGUAGCGAGGUGAAUCAGGCCUUGUGGGAGUCAUUUAGUAAAUCAUCUGACCCAUACAACCCCCUCAGUUUCUCUGCUUGCAUCUCUACCUCCUCCAAGAAGGAGGCUGCACAGGAUGGGGACAAUAGCGAUGGCUUGGAGUCUGAUUCUGUUGGCAGCUCUGCAGAGGAAGGCCAGCAGAACACACCGCUCAAAAAGUACUGUCUGGACUUCCGCCAGCCUCAGUUAGAGAGCGAGAGUGACUGGGACAGUUCUGAUGGCUCUGGUGCUGAGGAGGAUGAUGAAAAUGACAAACUCUGGGAGCUGUUUGCCAACCCAGCGGACCCCUAUGACCCCCUACACUUCACUGCCUGUGCCAUCAGCUCCAUUCUCAAAAAGGCGGCAGCUGAUGACCAUGCGUCAACUGGAGUGAGGCCCUCUGAGCUGGAUUGCGUACCUGAGGGGAGCAUGAACACACUAGACUCUUGCACUGGAGGUGAAGAGAGUGAUGGGCCGUCUGGUUCAGAGGUAGAGGAGGAAUUGUGGAACUCUUUCUCUCAGAGUGCUGACCCCUAUCAUCCUCUGCACUUCAGGGCCUGUCUCCGGAGCUCCCCUGCAGCCCCACUUCUGACCAGCCCCUCUGCCUUUGAGAAGAGCUUCAACACAGUAGCCAGAGCACCAAAAAAAAACAGGCGCUCAAAACCAGCUUUGCCAAAGAGACACUUUAAACACUACUGUCACCAAACAUCCGUGGACCGGCCCAGACUUACUACAUGGAAGAAGUCAGGCAGUGUUCUUGCGGCAGUUGUCCAAACAGAGGACAAAGCUGUUGUUAAAAAGGUGCGGUUUUCUCCGAUUGUCCAGGUCCACACUAUGCACACCUGGUCCUUUGCUAUGCAGGCUGCACGGAAGGGCCUGUGGGAGGAGCUUGCUCGGGACAGGGUCCGCUUCCAGCGGAGGAUCGAGGAGACAGAGCAGGCCAUUGGCUACUGCUUCCACCCAUUACACAGAGAGAGGAUCCUGGACUAUAUCUGCAACCAGCAGAACGCUGUCCCUGUUCUCAAUUCAUGAAUGUGAAAAGACAGACUGUCCAAUCAACAAUUAAGGGAUUCGGUUCUGAUUGGGUCAGAUGCAUCACAAGGAGAUUCUGGGCCAAUCAGAGUCUGAUGUAGCCUCAAGACAUCCUGUACCUCACUGGUGUGCUCAUCACACAUGGCAGUUGCACUGAUAUUAUAACCUAAAUUAUUUAUAGAUUUGUACAUACAUAUCAUGCACUUUUAUACUCAUUAUAGAAAUAGCAUUGUACAUUAUAUGCCAUUUGAUAAGCUUCUAUUUUUGUGUUUUAAUACCUGAAUAUUUUUGGAUCUAUUUUUUGUAGAACCUUACAGGUACACAUUGAAGUGAUUUGUCUUGAAGAUCUGUUGCACUUUUGUCAAUGCAUAAAUAGUGGUGUGCUGAAGGCAGAGGAGAAUGGGCUGCUCCAGUUAGUCAUGGCAUCUCCUCUGUUAGGUGUUCAUUAAUAAAGAUUGUUUUUCAGACCAGAGCCCAUCGGCCUCCAGCGUUUGACUGCUGGGGUUUGUAGGAGCUGCGGGACAUGGGCCACUUCUGCAUGAAGCCCCACUAUGGAUUUCU